AUGUACUUCGCAUUAUUGCUGGCUGUCACUCGGAAAAUUUCGACAACUGUUGUAAACCGGAAAAUGAAAGUCAUACCUAUCCCAGCGUUGAGUGAUAAUUAUAUGUAUCUUUUGAUUGAUGAGAAGACUAAUAAUGCUGCUAUUGUCGAUCCAGUUAAUUUGAAAGGCAUAAAUAAAGCCGUCAAAGAAGCUGGUGUGAAGCUUACUUCUUCCUUGGUUACUCAUCAUCAUUGGGAUCAUGCUGGUGCAACAAAAGAACUUUCUGAUGAGUGUCAUGAAUUGUUGAUUUAUGGAGGUGAUGAUCGUAUUAUAGGUAUUACUAAUAAAGUGAAAGAUGGUGAUGUUUUCAAGAUUGGUGAACUUGAUGUGAAGUGCUUACAUACGCCUUGUCAUACAACGGGCUCCAUCUGUUAUUAUGUCACUGAUGGUAAUGGUGACAAAGUAGUUUUUACUGGCGAUACAUUGUUUAUAGGAGGAUGCGGACGUUUUUUUGAAGGUAAUGCUACAGAUAUGGAUUCUGCUUUGAAUGAAAAGCUGGGCAAUCUGCCGAAUGAUACGAAGAUAUAUUGUGGGCAUGAAUACACCGUUGACAAUUUAAAAUUCGCUCAUUCAGUUGAACCAAAAAAUGAUGAAAUUACGAAAAAGUUAGCUUGGGCGGAAGAACGACGGAAGACUGGUAACUACACGGUACCUUCUACAAUUGAGGAAGAGAAACGUUUCAAUCCCUUUAUGCGUGUUCGGUGA